AUGGCGACCACUACCGACACCAGCAAAUACAAGUUCAACCACUCCAUGAUCCGGGUCAAGGACCCCAAGGAGUCGGUGAAAUUCUACGAGUUCCUUGGAAUGAGUGUCAUCAAAAAAAUCCAAGAACCCGCUGCCAAGUUUGACUUGUACUUUCUGGCGUACGACGGCGCCAAGGCCGCCUCUCAUGGCAACUCGUUUGUCGAUCGCGAGGGCAUCGUCGAGCUCACACACAACUAUGGCACCGAAAACGACCCCAACUACAAGGUCGCCAACGGCAACACAGAACCUCAUCGCGGCUUUGGUCACACCUGCAUCAGUGUCGAUAACCUGCAGGCCGCCUGCAAGCGCAUCGAGGACGCUGGGUACAAGUUUCAGAAGAAGCUGACCGAUGGCCGCAUGAAGCACAUUGCCUUUGUCCUGGAUCCUGACGGCUACUGGGUCGAGAUUAUCGGCCAGAAGCCCGUCGAGGAGACCGAGAAUGUCACCGAGACGGACCCCGGUACCUAUCGCAUGAACCACACAAUGCUUCGCGUCAAGGACAUUGAAAAGUCGCUCAAAUUUUACCAAGAGAUUCUAGGCAUGUCGCUGAUUCGCAAGCACGAGGCCGAAGCUGCUGGGUUCAACCUGUAUUUCCUCGCCUAUCCCGCCGACCAGGGUCUGCCGACCGACGACAAGACGAGCCAUCGUGAAGGCCUGCUCGAGCUCACCUGGAACUAUGGUACCGAAAAGGACGAGUCCUUCAAGUACCACAACGGCAACGACCAGCCCCAAGGUUUUGGCCACAUCUGCAUCACCGUCGACGACCUUGAUGCUGCUUGCCAGCGUUUCGAAGAAAAGGGUUGCAACUGGAAGAAGAGGCUGACGGAUGGCCGUAUGAAGAAUAUUGCCUUUCUUCUCGACCCUGAUGGCUACUGGGUCGAGGUGAUCCAGAACGACAAGUAUGGAUCCAAGCACGCGGUCCAAUCCUAA